AUGUCUUCCCUACGCGAUCAAGUUCUAUCGCAAUACCGCGAUGCUGCAGCCACAAUCGCUACAUCACAAUACGCAUCAUCCGAUUCUCAAACCACCACAACCAAUACGCCUCCCGAGUCAUCACAGCCAACAGACACGGAUCUAAAAGCACUCGCGAUGCAGCAAUUACUACAACGCCAAGCCCUGCUUCUCAUCAAAUUGCAUGAAUCCCUACACCAGGACACAGACAUCAGCGUCGACGAAGAUUUGCUGCAGACAAGACUGGAUGACCUCGCAUCGGUUUGCAUGACGGCGUUUUAUGCGUAUCGGUUUGACUUGCUGCCUUAUUACUGGCGGUGGAUAUACACGGAUACAUUGAUUCUCAUGUCAUAUUACGCCAUCUUGAAGGCAGUGCGAGAGAAUUCAUUUGAUGAGAAUCUCAUGGAUCGCGUGGUGGAGAGUCUAGACAGGGCACUUAUCGUAGCUGGCGGCGCGGGAAAGCCCCUGGGCAAACAAUGGAUCGAAAAGACAUUGGAACUACUCAAUCGUUUUUGGGAAGAAGCAGAAACAUCUGAAGAAGAAACUCAACGGCCGCAGAAGCGCAUCAAAAGGGACACAACCUUUUCUACUCACGAACCAUUCGGUAGACCGAAUCUCGCUGCUGAAAGGACUUGUCCGCGAUAUGAAAACUGGACGCUGGAGAAGUUUGAGAAGUACAUGAAUGAAGAGAGUCAGGGAAAACCUCUACCGAUUGUCUUCACAGAUUUGACGAAAGAAUGGCCUGCUUUUUCAGAUAUGCCGUGGAAUAGCCCCGAAUACUUACUCUCGAGGACGUUUGGCGGGAGGAGGCUCGUCCCCGUUGAAAUUGGACGCAGUUAUGUUGAUGAAGGCUGGAGUCAGGAUCUCAUUCAAUUCAAACACUUUCUCGCAAAAUACAUCGACCCAAGCAUAGCCACCACCUCAACCCUCGACACAGCACCAAGUGAGAAGCUUCAGCCCGAAAAAGUAGGCUAUCUCGCCCAGCACAACCUCUUCCAACAAAUCCCCUCCCUACGAAAUGACAUCCAAGUCCCCGAUUUCUGCUGGGCCGACGUCCCGCCUCAUCCUACCGACUCUACAAAGAACCAGACACCAGUACAUGUCCCCCAGCUAAACGCGUGGUUUGGCCCUGCAAAGACGAUAACGCCGCUUCAUACGGAUGGAUAUCAUAAUUUAUUGUGUCAGGUUGUUGGGACGAAAUACGUGAGGCUGUAUUCGCCCGAAGAGACGGCACGGCUGCGGCCUAGAGGGAUGGAGCAUGGUGUUGAUAUGAGCAAUACUAGUGAAUUAGACGUUGGUGUCUUGGAAAGCUGGGAUGAGGACGGUGAUGACUGGGAGAGUAUUCGAAAAGAGUUGAAGGAUGUUCCGUAUUGGGAGACUAUACUUCACCCGGGGGAUACGUUGGUGAUACCCAUCGGGUGGUGGCAUUAUGUUCGGAGUUUGAGCAUCAGCUUCAGCGUCAGUUUUUGGUGGAAUUAG